GAAGACAGCAGUAAUGCUAACUCUGGCAAGCAAGUUGAAGCGGGAUGAUGGUGUCAGAGGACCCCGUGCAUCCAAUCCAGCUUCUGAUUCAACUCGGAGGGUGUCUGUUCGAGAUAAACUACUCGUUAAAGAGGUUGCAGAACUUGAAGCUAACUUACCUUGUACAUGUAAAGUGAAUUUUCCUGACCCUAACAAGCUGCAUUACUUUCAGCUAACUGUAAUCCCAGAUGAGGGCUACUACCAAGGUGGAAAGUUUCAGUUUGAAAUUGAAGUUCCUGAUGCCUACAAUAUGGUGCCUCCAAAGGUAAAAUGCUUGACAAGAAUCUGGCAUCCGAACAUUACGGAGACGGGAGAAAUCUGCCUGAGUUUAUUGAGAGAACAUUCAAUUGAUGGCACUGGCUGGGCUCCAACUAGAACAUUAAAGGAUGUUGUCUGGGGGUUAAACUCUUUAUUCACUGAUCUUUUGAAUUUUGACGAUCCUUUGAAUAUUGAGGCUGCAGAGCAUCAUUUGCGUGACAAGCCCUUUCUUGAUCGUGCUAGAUAUUCCCUAGCGACAGGGAUAAAACCGUGUGGGUUGCGAAUAGACUCUGGCAUGCCAGGGGCUGAUUUCUUCGUGGUGUCGUUUGUUUUACCAGGGAUAUCAGCUGGUUGUCCCAGAGCUCCUAACACUGACACAUCGUACUUAGGAGCAAUUGCGUUGCGGCAUCGUCGUUACAGAUGGGUGCUGUAA